AUGAUUCAGUCCUUCACAGAAAACAAGCCGAGUAAAAGGUCUCGAGGUGGACUGCUGCCGAUGGUGCGCAUUUACGAACGUUUUUCCCAGCUGGCAAACUCGGCUUUUGCUGACUCUGGACGAAUAAGUGAUUUGGAGCGCGCGCAUGGAGAGCUGGUGCGUUCACUUAUGACUGAAAUCGAGCGCGUGGCCUCUGAGAGCGUGAAGACGCCACGAGAAGUUGUUCAAAUGGGUAAGUUGUCAAUAUGA